ACUACUACCGCAAUCUGCUCAGAAUCUCUGAGACCAAAAGCAAGUUAUCUUCACGACAUUGCCUCUCUGCAGCUUUUCAUCCACCUGUUUGCGCCUCUGCUCGAACAGCUUCAACCAGCUGAUUUUGACAGCCUCAAGCUCGAGUCAGGUUUAGCCAUCUGGCUACCUUUGUUCACCUGGAGCCAGCCGGCUGGUGGAUGCUUUCGUCUGCCUGUAAAACCACAGCGAAACAAGAGAACCUGGCUCAAUUUAUUCUCUGACGAAGAACCUUCUGAGUGGCAAUAUUACGGUCUACCAUCUCCAUCAUAUCGUACUUCUCCACUAUUCGAGAAAUCACGGCAACAAAAUCAUUAUAUAGUUUCUGUGGCCAAUGCAAGUAUUUCAUCCAUCCCUGACAAGGAAUGUAAAAAGGCCCAACAGGACCAGGGGACGUCACACGCGAUGGACUUACUACCCCAAGCCGUCAUUUGUUCACAGGCCGACAAAUCAGUAUUGGAUCUAACUUCCCCACAUCUUAAUCUGCCUAACUUUGAGUCGGAUGAGGACAAGGAAGAAGAGGUAGACUAUGUUUUUCCUCCACAUUUACCUUUAGAAAAUCAUCAUUAA